UUGAACCUGUCUCAGAAAAAGUUGUACAGGGAUGUGAUGAUGGAGAACUAUAGCAACCUGGUCUCUUUGGGAUUUGCAGUUUCUAAACCAGAUGUGAUCUCCCUAAUGGAAAGAAAGGAAGCCUUCUGGAUGCCAGAGACAGAUAUCCCAAGAAGCAGCUUCCCAGAGUGCAAAGAAUUCAGUGGACAAAAACCUUACAAAUAUAAUGAAUGUGGGAAGGCUUUCAGAUUGGGCACACAGCUUGCUCAGCAUCAAAGAAUUUAUACUGCACAGAUUGCUUAUACAUGUAAGGAAUGUGGGAAAGGCUUUCGCUACAUGUCACAGUUUAUUGAACAUCAAAGAAUUCAUACUGGAGAAAAGCCUUAUGAAUGUAGUGAAUGUAGAAAGGCCUUCAGACAGAGGAUACAACUUACUCAGCAUCAGAGAAUUCAUACUGGAGAGAAACCUUAUAAAUGUAAUGAAUGUGGAAAAGCCUUCCGCAUUACCACGCAACUUAGUCAACAUAAAAGAAUUCAUACUGGAGAGAAACCUUAUGAAUGUAAUGAAUGUGGGAAGGCCUUUAGACAGAGGACAAAACUUACCAUGCAUCAGAAAAUUCAUACUGGAGAGAAGCCUUAUAAAUGUAAUGAAUGUGGGAUGCCCUUCAGGUUGCAGAGACAAUGUAUUCAACACCAGAGAGUACAUACUAGAGAGAAGCCUUAUGAAUCUAAUCAUUGUGGAGAGACAUUCAGACCAAGUGAACAGCUUACUCAGCAUCAGAAAUUUCAUCAUGGAGAAAAACCCUUUGUAUGUAAUGAAUGUGGGAAAGCGUUUAGGCUGGAGAAACAAUAUAUACAACAUCAGGGAAUACAUACUGGGGAGAAGCCUUAUGAAUGUAAUUAUUGUGGCAAAGCUUUCAGACUAAGGCAUCAACUUACUCAACAUCAGAGAAUUCAUACUGGAGAAAAACCAUUUGUUUGUAAGGAAUGUGGGAAAAUCUUCUUUUGGAAUUCACGUUUCCUGCAACAUCAGAGAAUUCAUACUGGAGAAAAACCUUAUAAAUGUAAUGAAUGUGGAAAGGCCUUCAAACGGAAGACAGAGCUUUCUCAGCAUCAGAGUAUUCAUACUGGAGAGAAACCUUAUGAAUGUAACAAAUGUGGCAAGGCCUUUAGACUGAAGACACAACUUACUCAUCAUCAGAGAAUUCAUACUGGAGAGAAGCCUUAUAAAUGUGAUGAAUGUGGAAAGGCCUUCAGAGUGAAGAAAGACUUAAAUCAGCAUCAGAGAAUACACACUGGACAGAAGGCUUAUAAAUGUAAUCAUUGUGGUGAGGCCUUCAGAUUGUGGGAACUGUUUACUCAGCAUCAGCAAACUCAUAAAGGAGAAAAACCAUUUGUAUGUAAUGAGUGUGGGAAAGGCUUCUUUUGGAAAUCAUAUUUCAUGCAACAUCAGAGGAUUCAUACUGGAGAGAAACCGUAUGAAUGUAACAAGUGUGGCAAGGCCUUUAGACUGAAGAUACAACUUACUCAGCAUCAGAGAAUUCAUACUGGAGAGAAACCUUAUGAAUGUAAUGAAUGUGGGAAGGCCUUUAGACAGAGGACAAAACUUACCAUGCAUCAGAAAAUUCAUACUGGAGAGAAGCCUUAUAAAUGUAAUGAAUGUGGGAUGGCCUUCAGAUUGUGGAGACAAUUUAUUGAACACCAGAGAGUACAUACUAGAGAGAAACCUUAUGAAUCUAAUCAUUGUGGGGAGGCAUUCAGACCAAGUGAACAGCUUACUCAGCAUCAGAAAUUUCAUCAUGAAGAAAAACCAUUUGUAUGUAAUGAAUGUGGGAAGGCCUUUAGGCUGGAGAAACAAUAUAUACAACAUCAGGGAAUACAUACUGGGGAGAAGACUCAUAAAUGUAAUCAUUGUGGCAAAGCUUUCAGACUGAGGCAUCAGCUUACUUACCAUCAGAGAAUUCAUACUGGAGAAAAACCAUUUGUUUGUAAGGAAUGUGGGAAAAGCUUCUUUUGGAAUUCACGUUUCCUGCAACAUCAGAGAAUUCAUACUGGAGAAAAACCUUAUAAAUGUAAUGAAUGUGGAAAGGCCUUCAAACGGAAGACAGAGCUUUCUCAGCAUCAGAGUAUUCAUACUGGAGAGAAGCCUUAUGAAUGUAACAAAUGUGGCAAGGCCUUUAGACUGAAGACACAACUUACUCAUCAUCAGAGAAUUCAUACUGGAGAGAAGCCUUAUAAAUGUGAUGAAUGUGGAAAGACCUUCAGCGUGAAGAAACACUUAAAUCAGCAUCAGAGAAUACACACUGGACAGAAGGCUUAUAAAUGUAAUCAUUGUGGUGAGGCCUUCAGAUUGUGGGAACUGCUUACUCAGCAUCAGAAAACUCAUAAAGGAGAAAAACCAUUUGUAUGUAAUGAGUGUGGGAAAGGCUUCUUUUGGAAAUCAUAUUUCAUGCAACAUCAGAGGAUUCAUACUGGAGAAAAACCUUAUAAGUGUAAUGAAUGUGGAAAGGCCUUCAAACGGAAGGCAGAGCUUUCUCAGCAUCAGAGUAUUCAUACUGGAGAGAAACCUUAUGAAUGUAACAAGUGUGGCAAGGCCUUUAGAUUGAAGACACAACUUACUCAGCAUCAGAGAAUUCAUACUGGAGAAAAACCAUUUGUUUGUAAGGAAUGUGGGAAAGGCUUCUUUUGGAAUUCAGAUUUUUUACGACAUCAGCGUAUUCACACUGGAGAAAAACCUUAUAAGUGUAAUGAAUGUGGAAAGGCCUUCAAACGGAAGGCAGAGCUUUCUCAGCAUCAGAGAAUUCAUACUGGAGAGAAACCUUAUGAAUGUAAUGAAUGUGGGAAGGCCUUUAGACAGAGGACAAAACUUACCAUGCAUCAGAAAAUUCAUAAUGGAGAGAAGCCUUAUAAAUGUAAUGAAUGUGGAAUGGCCUUCAGGUUGUGGAGACAAUUUAUUGAACACCAGAGAGUACAUACUGGAGAGAAGCCUUAUGAAUCUAAUCAUUGUGGGGAGGCGUUCAGACCAAGUGAACAGCUUACUCAGCCUCAGAAAUUUCAUCAUGAAGAAAAACCAUUUGUAUGUAAUGAAUGUGGGAAGGCCUUUAGGCUGGAAAAACAAUAUAUACAACAUCAGGGAAUACAUACUGGGGAGAAAACUCAUAAAUGUAAUCAUUGUGGCAAAGCUUUCAGACUGAGGCAUCAACUUACUCAACAUCAGAGAAUUCAUACUGGAGAAAAACCUUAUGAAUGUAACAAAUGUGGCAAGGCCUUUAGACUGAAGACACAACUUACUCAGCAUCAGAGAAUUCAUACUGGAGAGAAGCCUUAUAAAUGUGAUGAAUGUGGAAAGGCCUUCAGCGUGAAGAAACGCUUUAUUCAGCAUCAGAGAAUACAUACUGGAGAGAAGGCUUAUAAAUGUAAUCAUUGUGGUGAGGCCUUCAGAUUGUGGGAACUGUUUACUCAGCAUCACAAAACUCAUAAAGGAGAAAAACCAUUUGUAUGUAAUGAGUGUGGGAAAGGCUUCUUUUGGAAUUCAUAUUUCAUGCAACAUCAGAGGAUUCAUACUGGAGAGAAACCUUUUGAAUGUAACAAAUGUGGGAAGGCCUUUAGACUGAAGAUACAACUUACUCAGCAUCAGAGAAUUCAUACUGGAGAAAAACCUUAUGAAUGUAGUGAAUGUGGAAAAGCCUUCCGUCUUUCCAUACAACUUAUUCAACAUAAAAGAAUUCAUACUGGAGAGAAACCUUAUGAAUGUAAUGAAUGUGGGAAAGCCUUUAGAAGGAGUACAAAACUUACCAUGCAUCAGAAAAUUCAUACUGGAGAGAAGCCUUAAAAAUGUAGUGAAUGUGGGAUGCCCUUCAGAUUGCGGAGACAAUGUAUUCAACACCAGAGAGUACAUACUAGACAGUAGCCUUAUGAAUCUAAUCAUUGUGGGGAGGCAUUCAGACUAAGUGAACAGCUUACUCAGCAUCAGAAAAUUCAUCAUGGAGAAAAACCAUUUGUAUGUAAUGAAUGUGGAAAGGCAUUUUGGCUGGAGAAACAAUAUAUGCAACAUUAGGGAAUACAACUGGGGAGAAGUCUUAUAAAUGUAAUGAAUGUGGAAAGGCCUUCCACUGGAAGACAGAGUAUUCAUAUUGGAGAUAAACCUUUUGAAUGUAACAAAUGUGGCUAGGCCUUUAGACUGAAGGUACAAUUUACUCAGCAUCAGAGAAUUCAUAAUGGAGAGAAGCCUUAUAAAUGUGAUGAAUCUGCGAAAGCCUUCAGAGUAGGGACACAAUUUAUUCAGCAUCAGUGAAUACAUACUGGAGAGAAACCUUUUAAAUGUAAUGGAUGUCCAAAAGCCUUCCACCUUGCCAUACAACUUACUCGACAUAAAAUAAUUCAUACUAGAGAGAAACCUUUUGAAUGUAACGAAUGUGGGAAUGCAUUCAGACAGAAAAUACAGCUUACUGUGCAUCAAAGAAUUCAUACUGGAGAGAAGCCUUAUAAAUAUGAUGAAUGUGGGAUGGCCUUCAGAAUAGGAAAGCAAUUUAUUCAUCAGAGAAUACAUACUGCAGAAAAAUCUUAUGAAUGUUAUCGUUGUGGGGAGGCAUUCAGACUGAGGGAGAAGCUUACUGUUCAUCUGAAAAUUCACUCUGGAGAAAAACCAUUUGUAUGUAAUGAAUGUGGGAAAGCCUUCUUUUGGAAUUCAGAUUUAAUGAGACAUCAGAGAAUCCAUACUGGAGAGAAACCUUAUUAAUGUGAUGAAUGUGGGAAGACCUUCAUUAGCAAACCAUCACUUAAUAAACACAAGAAAUUUCAUACCUUAAAGGUGCAUUAUGAAUAUAAAGAGUGUGAGAAGACCUUCCACUAUAACUCAGAACUUAAUCUACAUCUGAGAAUUCAUACUGGAGAGAAACCUUAUAAAUGUAAUGAAUGUGGAAAAGGUUUCUGCCUUACCGUACAACUUACUUGUGUGGUAAAAAUUAUUUGUGGUAAAAAUUAUGGGAGUUUUAGCUGACUCAUUUGGGAAGGGCCACACCUAACCCACCCGUAAGUUACGUAUGUUACUGAGGUCAAAAGGAGAACUCUCCAUAGGUAGUUUUUGAAGGACCUCCCCUUUUGGGGGAGGAAAGAUUGAAUGCUCCCUGAAUGGAAGUGGAGUCACUUCUGGAAAGCUAGAUCUCUCUUUCUCUCUCUGGCUUCUCCCUUUCCAGUGGUGUGAGCAACUGUAGACUUUCCAGGUUUUGGUGAGUGA